CCCAAACUAAACCCAUGGUAAAUCGGCCCAAUAUAUGAGGAAAAGGAUAUUAGUGUCUUUUCCAAAGCUAGGGUUUAGUUUAGUUUAUGAUUCCCAACUUCUCCACUUUCUUCUCAGCGUGCCGACUGUGAUUACUGGGGAGGAAAUCGCAGCAAAACAAACAAUGCCUAAGCAAAUCAAUGAGAUUAAAGACUUUCUCCUCACUGCUCGGAGGAAGGAUGCGCGCUCCGUGAAAAUCAAGAGGAGCAAAGAUGUGGUCAAAUUCAAGGUUCGUUGCUCCAAGUAUCUUUACACUCUUUGUGUGUUUGAUACCGAGAAAGCUGAUAAGUUGAAGCAAUCACUUCCUCCAGGUUUGAAUGUGCAAGACCUAUAAUUCUAUCCAACUUAAUGUGUUCUUGAAGAUCAAGUUUUGUUAUGGAAUAGUGAUUUCUAAAUAUAUUUUUUGUCUUUUUGUUUUGUUGUUGAAUACCUGCUUAUGAUUUUCAUUAUGAAUGAUCCAACUCUGUUUUAUUGUCUUAAUGCAGUUUUACCAUCAUUUAUUCAA